UCUGGAGUGGGAUGGCCAGACACAUUCUCUUUGUAAAGAAAAUAAAAUAAAGCUUUCACAUUCCAAGGGAUAUUUCAAGACCUGGAUUUUUUUUAACCCAGAUAUUUCCAAAAUCAAUAUCCAAGUCUACCAAAAAUAUUUCUCAUAUUACUUAAAUCCUAUCCAUUUUUAUUCAAUAUGUAAUAUCAGUAACAAUGAAAGGAGAAGCAAACCACUGCAUGCAAUUUUAUAGCUGCAUGCAAUACAGGCAGCACGCAAGUUGUCUUGGGUGUAUUACUUUGAGGAAGACCAGCAUUCCUAGCAGAAAUGGUCUUUGAUCAAGCAGUCAGCAAGGUCAGUGACCUGCCACUAUGAAACCUGAGGGCUAAUAGAUAAAAUUCCUUCCUGGCUGGCACAAAGCCAGCACAUCUUCAUAGGGGGUAGAAAUGCAAUUGAUAUUAAGCUUGCCACUCUCCUUUAACAUACAGGUCAAAACCUAAGCAGUAUGUCCAACGAAGGGAGUAUCACAUAAACGUUUGCAGGUACACAGAGGGCUCAUGUAUCAUAUAGCUGCUGACAGUGUGUGACAGAUCAAAAGAAAAGUGGAUGUAAAAAUAAUAAUUUAGGAAUUUUAAGCCAUUAUUUACCAUUCAUUAGUCAUCAUUUUAACAUGGCAAUAGUAAGUUAAAUGGAUUAUAUAUUAAAGGAAGUAUUGACAAGCACGUCGGAUAUCUGAUAACCGGUUACCUAAAUUAUUCAGUACAGUUUGCUUCAGCGAGUAUUAUGAAUAGCCUUAGAUUCUCUCAAAGUGUUUUGAAAGUAGUUUUCCAUAACAUUUUGUUGCAUCCUGCUAAGAAAUAGCAUUCAAGUCCUUUUAAUUUCUUCGCAACAAGACCGCUAACCAGACAAGUUACAUAAACUAAAAGACUAGCUGGUCUCAUGUUAUUUAUUAUUAGACAUCGACAAAAACAAAUGUAUGCGUUACAGAAAUACACAGUAAAGCUGUCAAAGCGAAUGACUACGCUAACCAGCUAACGAGUAAAAUUGACGUUUCGAAAAUAACUAUACAGCUAGCUGGCCAGACAGACAAAAGGGCAGAAAAGUGCCGAGUUAAUGAAGACCGUUAAGAAAUCGCCUACUCAUAACCUGAGAAUAUAAUCUGGUGGCAGCUUUUGAAGGGCUGUAUUAAUAUUUUUACUUUGCAUUUCCUUUAUCGAAGCGCAAGACAAGGAUGUGACAGCACAUCGUAGCAAUGUUGAUGGAGGUGCUCCAGGUGCUGCGAGGGAUGGGACGUGUAGGAACAGCUUUCAUCUCCAUCCAAGGGGAACAGCUGCGGCUCAUGGCUUGCAACUCCACAGUGGGUGCAGGAGUCAAGGCUGCAGAGGAGCUUGUUGAGAGCAUAUUGGGUGCAGCCGCUCGAAGCAGUACGUCUGUGAGGUCAGAAUUCCCCGACAGCUGGGAAGAAGCGGAGCAAGAUGCUGCAGCGAAUUGGGCAGUGGGCUCUGAGAUGCCGCUGGACUCCGCAGGCCGAGGGGAGCGGCCAGUCCAGGAGGCCGGAGGCCCGGUACCUCGCGCCGGAACAGACAGUCCCGGUUGGCAGGCUCGGGGCACCCGCUUCCUGCACCAAGGCCCGGCGCCGCAGAGCCGCCGGCUGCUCCACGACUCGGCGGUGGGCCGCCUGACGGAAGAAGACAUCAAGAAGGCGAGGGAGUCCAAGCCGGCGGCAAACAGGACACCGGCCGCCAGACUGCCGCGGCAGAAGCUGAGUGACCGUGCCAAAGAAAGGAAGGUCCCAGCCACCCGUAUCAGCCGGCUUGCUCAUUUUGGGGGUCUCGCGGUCGGCCUGAGUCUGGGAGCCAUUGCAGAAGUAGCCAAGCAGUCACUGGGAGGCAAGCGAUCAGAAACAGCUGCACUGCUGGACUCGCCACUCCUGUCGGAGGCCAACGCGGAGAGGAUCGUUGACACCCUCUGCAAGGUGCGCGGAGCGGCGCUCAAGAUCGGACAGAUGCUCAGCAUCCAAGAUAACAGCUUCAUCAACCCCCAAGUGCAAAAGAUAUUUGAGCGUGUCAGACAGAGUGCCGACUUCAUGCCCUCUUGGCAAAUGACGAAUGUUCUGGAAGAGGAGUUGGGCGCAGGCUGGAGGGAGGAGCUGGCCUCGUUCGAGGAGAAGCCGUUUGCGGCAGCAUCCAUCGGGCAGGUCCACCACGGAGUGCUGCCCGAUGGGCGGGAGGUGGCCCUGAAGAUCCAGUACCCAGGCGUUGCUGAGAGCAUCCACAGCGAUAUUAACAACUUGAUGGCCGUGCUGAAAAUGAGCGUAGUGCUGCCUGAAGGCUUGUUUGCAGACAGCAGCCUGGAGGUCCUUCAGAGAGAGCUAGCUUGGGAGUGUGACUACAAGAGGGAAGCAAAAUGUGCCAAGCGAUUCAGGGCUCUGCUGGAGGCGGACCCCUUUCUCAGGGUCCCAGAGGUGGUGGACAGGCUGACAAGCGGCCGCGUCCUGACCACUGAGAUGGUGGCCGGGGUGUCGCUGGACCACUGCGUGCACCUUAGCCAGGAGACGCGGAACAAGAUUUGCUUCAGCAUCCUGCAGCUGUGCUUGAGGGAGCUGUUUGAGUUCCGCUUCAUGCAGACCGACCCUAACUGGGCUAACUUCUUCUACAAUGCAGAACAGGACAAGAUUUUCCUGCUGGAUUUUGGGGCUUGCCGGGAUUACCCAGAGAAAUUUACUGAUGACUACAUAGAGGUGGUGUAUGCUGCCUCGGUGGGAGACCGGGCGGCCGUGCUGCAGAAAUCCAAGGAUCUCAAGUUCCUCACAGGCUUUGAAACCAAGGCGUUUGAGGAAGCCCACACGGAAGCUGUGAUGAUCCUGGGCGAGGCCUUCGCCUCUCCAGGCCCCUUCGACUUCAGCACCCAGAGCACCACCCAGCGCAUCCACAACCUGAUCCCCGUCAUGCUGCGGCACCGGCUCACCCCGCCGCCAGAGGAGACCUACUCCCUACACCGCAAGAUGGCCGGCUCCUUUCUCAUCUGCUCCAAGCUGGGUGCCCGCAUCCACUGCAGGGACAUGUUCCUGGAGAUCUAUGAUAGCUACGGUCGCCGGAGACGGGAGCAGGCCGCCUAGAGGGCGGGGGGGAUGGGGCGGGGGUGGAGCUGAAGACUGUGUGUGGGUAGAUAUGCAGAGAGAUGUGGUCCUUCAUCCGUAAUGCCAUUCCCUUAGGUAACGGAGGCCAAACGUUGAGUGGAACUUGGCAAUGUCUUAGGAGAAAAAGGUAUGAAAUGCCCAGAACUGAAGGAUAUGACUCAUUCUUCAAAGCAGAAACCGGAGUGUACAGGAAUCCACUAAGUUCUUCUGAAGGCCUCAGUGACAUUCAGGAACUGUUAGUCAUUUUACUAGCUGGUCCUUUGACUAGCUGCUCCCAGAGACUGCUGGGACCUGACCAAAGCAGUAUCUGUACCAACAGUUAAGAAAAUCUACAGUAUAUAAAAUAUAAUGGUCUGAGUCAGAAGUUUAAUAUUUUGUGGGUUGCACACUUUUAAUUGUGAAAUUAAUGUGAUGCAACAGCAAGACAUUUGGUUUUGUCUUUAUUUCAGUAUUGUCAGUGUGGUUGAAAUCUGCUUUUCUCCUACUGCAAAGGAGUAUGGAAAAGGAUGGAAAACAUGUGUAAUUCUCAAAUAAUGCCGGUGAAACACAAGUGUUGGCUGUAUACUUUAUUGUAAAUCUUCAGUAUCAUUAAGUCAGUUAAGUCGCCGUAAAGACAUGCUGUAACUUAUAGAAUGUAAUGAAGUGUAUCGCUUGAGAACGGUUCCCAAGCUCCAGCCUUUGCGCUUCAGUCCUCUGUUUUAUACUUGUGCUUUAAUAGUGACUGAAAUGGCCAUUUGUUGUGAUUUUAAUAUUAUAAAUUUCUCUGAGCUGGUAUUAAACAAGUUGUGUGCAAAAUGAUAUGACGUUGCAUAACCGAGGCCAGUACGCAGGGGAAAUUAUGCACAAUUCACGUGGUGGAUUGAAUCUCCACAAUCAACUGUGUCUAGUCUGUUUUCAGAGACUGUAUCAAAUCAGAAGCGGUAGGUUCACAACUUGCGUACAGGACAAUAUGUCGAAUUAUGAAUGUUGAUCACACCGACUCCACAUUCACAAGUUGUGUCCAGAAAAGUCUAAUGCUGCCAAUUCGUCAUGUUAGUGCUCAGUAAAUAAUUUUAGAGCAUUGAAUAAAAUUGCUUCAGCUUUAUUUCACCUUGACAAAUCUCUCAAAGAAUUCCCAAAUGUAUCAGGUUUUCAAUUGUCAAUACACAGUCAGUAUUUUAUUAGUCAAGCUCAAUUAAAUGAUCUGAACCAAA